AUGGCAGCUGAACCAGUUAAUGUGAAUGAGUUCCAAAUUUUGGCUAAGCAAGUACUCCCAAAAAUACUAGACUUCUACACUGGGGGAGCAGAGGACCAGUAUACUCUACAAGAUAAUGUGGAAGCAUUUCAAAAAAUCUUGAUUCGACCUAGAGUCCUUGUGGAUGUUAGCAGGAUAGAAAUGUCUACUACUAUUUUGGGUUACACUAUCUCAGCACCUAUUAUGGUCGCUCCAACUGCAAUGCAUAAGCUAGCACACCCUGAAGGAGAAAUUGCUACUGCCAGAGCAGCAGCUGCCUGCAAUACCAUAAUGGUUUUAUCCUUCUCUGCUACCUGCAGUCUGGAGGAGGUUGCUGCCUGCUGCAACGCUGUUCGGUUCUUCCAAUUAUAUGUGUAUAAAAGACGCGAUAUAGCUGCUAACUUAGUGCAGAGAGCUGAAAGGAAAGGAUAUAAGGCUAUUGUCCUAACAGUAGACACUCCAAGACUAGGUCGAAGGGAAGCUGAUAUAAAGAAUAAAAUGAUUUCACCUCAGUUGAAGAAUCUGGAGGGUCUAAUAUCAACUCAAGUUGUAUCUGACAAAGGUUCGAGCUUGGAAGCUUAUGCCAAUCAAAUCCUUGAUGCUUCAUUGAGUUGGAAGGAUGUAAGAUGGUUAAAGUCUAUUACAAACUUGCCAAUUCUGAUCAAAGGGGUACUCACUCGUGAAGAUGCCACGAAAGCCAUGGAAGUUGGUGUUGAUGGAAUUAUUGUCUCCAAUCAUGGAGCACGACAGCUAGAUUAUACUCCUGCAACUAUUUCUGCUUUAGAAGAGGUUGUUGAUGCUGUUAGAGGAAAAUUUCCGGUUCUUCUUGAUGGGGGAGUGCGACGGGGAACUGAUGUUUUCAAGGCAUUGGCACUUGGUGCACAAGCAGUCCUUGUUGGAAGGCCUGUUAUUUAUGGACUGGCAGUGAAGGGAGAACAUGGAGCAAGACGGGUGAUUGAAAUGUUGAAGGAUGAGCUCGAGCUGACUAUGGCCCUUUCUGGCUGUCCUAGUUUGACAGAUAUUACUAGGACUCAUGUAAGGACUAAGCAUGACAUUGGCAAACUCCAAUCCAUGCUCUAAUGCUGCAACAAAAAGCAACAAGUACCUUUCUUUUUGUUACUUCAGCUGAUGUCUCUCUUAGACACCAUCUAAUUUUCUAUGAUUUAAUAAUGGUGAUGAUUGUUCUCCAUUUUUUUUUUUUUAUUAUUAUUAAGAACAGGUUUAGUUGAAGCUUACUAAGUUUGGUUGGUAAUGCAUGUUCUGUGAAAUUUGUUCUUGUAAAAUGGACUGUAUUGGGUUAAGUAUUGACUAAUAGUCAAGAAAACUUUUGUAACAUGUAUUAUAUGUUUGUGAUUCUCA